AUGUAUAAUUUUUUGAACUUUGACCAUUAAUUUGUUUGUGACUCCUAUAAACUUAGAUAAAUUUUAUUACCCACUGCCAAGGCCUGCUGCAGCAACCACAUAAAACGUAGUGAACCAAAGGCAGGUGUCCCUACUUCUAGCAAUUUGCAUCGCCAUUUGUCGUUCUUGCAUCUGAUACUGAAGUUGUAUUUGCCGCUCCAUCUGAAAAACAGAAUAUUAUUUUAAAAAAUACAAUAACUAUAAACAGAGAUUAUCUUAGAAAUUUAUAUUCAUACAUUUAUCCUGUGCAUAAAUUCUUGAUUCUUCUUGAGGUUUUCUUCCAUUCCUGAGGUUAAAUAAUUUCCCAUCUUGAAGUUUUUAAAGAUCUUAAAUUGAUAUAAUAAUAACAAAACACGAUCGCGGCCCUGCCCAACACUGUAAAUUGUGUAAUGUUACGAUUGCUCGUCUGUCGCUGUCGUCUCUGAGCUGUUGUUGCCUUGUCACAACAAUUUUUCUGUACGUUUUGUUACUUCAUAGUAUUGAUAAGAUAAGAUUUACGUCACGCUUUAUUAAAAAGUUUAUACGUAUAGAUAUACUUUUGUUGUAUUGCAUUAUUAGGUGAUAUAAUAAAAAAGUUAAUAAAAUGAAUUGCAAUUUUAUUCUCGACUCACAAAAAUCACAAUCAAUACAUUUUUAUCUACGACCAACACUAUUUGUUAACAUGUCAUGUCAGAGUUGACAUUGGAUUCCCGUUCCCGCCAAAUUUGUCAACCGUAGAGCGUGAACGGGAUUAAGAAUUGAUACAACACAUUAAAAUUAAAAUUUGUUUCCUUAUUCUACUCUGAUUCUUAGUUCAUAUAAAACCACAAUGGGUAUUCUAGGUUUAUCUAAGUUAAUAGCUGAUAUUGCUCCCCAUGCAAUCAAAGAAAUGGAGAUCAAAAACUACUUUGGACGAAAAAUAGCAAUAGAUGCAUAUAUGAGCUUGUACCAAUUUCUCAUAGCUGUAAGGAGUGAAGGAUCUCAAUUAGUAUCAGUGGACGGAGAAACAACAUCACAUCUAAUGGGAACAUUCUACCGAACAAUCAGAUUGGUGGAGAAUGGUAUUAAACCCGUGUAUGUGUUUGAUGGGAAACCACCAGACAUGAAGUCCCACCAACUUAAUAAGAGAGCGGAGAGAAGAGAAGAAGCUGAGAAAGAGUUGCAGAAAGCUACUGAAGCUGGUGACCAGGAGUCUAUAGAAAAGUUCAACCGUCGUCUGGUGAAAGUGACGAAGGUGCAUAAUGAGGAAGCGCGACAGUUACUCAAGCUGAUGGGAAUCCCGGUCGUGGAGGCGCCUUGCGAGGCUGAAGCACAGUGCGCUGCUAUGGUAAAAGCCGGCAAAGUGUUCGCCUCAGCGACGGAAGAUAUGGACGCGCUGACAUUCGGUACCAAUGUAUUGCUGCGACACCUCACGUUCUCCGAAGCCCGCAAGAUGCCAGUACAGGAGUUCCAUCUAGAUGACGUGUUGAAAGGAUUGGAGCUAAACCAGAGAGAGUUUAUAGACCUUUGCAUCCUCCUCGGAUGUGACUACUGUGGCUCCAUAAAAGGCAUUGGACCGAAGCGUGCCAUAGAGUUGAUACGCCAACACCGUUCGCUGGAGGAAGUAUUAAAAAAUAUAGACACGAAUAAAUACCCGCCGCCGGAAAACUGGGACUUUGAGAGAGCUCGGGAGCUGUUCUUGGAACCUGAAAUCACUGAUCCUAAGGAUAUUGAGUUAAAAUGGACGGAUCCAGAUGAGGAAGGGUUGGUGAAGUUUCUUUGUGGUGAUAAGCAGUUCAACGAGGAACGAGUGAGGAAUGGUGCCAAGAAACUCAUGAAGGCAAGGACUGGUACCACUCAAGGACGCCUGGAUGGGUUCUUUACGAUAUCAACAACACCAAAUCCCAAACGUAAGGCUGAGGAAGAUAAAAAGAAUGCAGCGAAAAAGAAAAAGUCAGGCGGCGCCGGCGGCGGCAGGGGCCGAAAACCUAAGUAAUUUUAAAACGACUAUAUUUUUAAUAUAAUACGGGUCCUCUGUUGUUGUUAGA